AGAAUAGAGGUCCCUUUCUGAACAGAAAAAAAAAAAUCUCCUCUCUGAGCUUUGACUCAUCCUCUGUCUCUCACACCCGGGGAAGAGAGGAACGGCCGAAGGGAGAUGGGCGGCUACGAGAACGGUGACUCGCCGGCGGCCGCCGCCUGGGAGGGCGGCGUGAUCCUGGGCGUGGACGGAGGCACCACCAGCACCGUCUGCGUCUGCCUGCCGGCCGCAAUGCCACCACCGGAGGCGCCCGGCUCAGUCGCCGUGCUCUCCCGCGCCAUCGCCGGCUGCUCCAACCGUAAUUCCGUCGGAGAAAACGCUGCACUGGAAACUCUAGAACAGGUCAUGAUGCAGGCCCUAACAACGGCCAACACAGAUCGUUCUGCUGUUGUUGCAGUUUGCUUAUCUGUAUCUGGGGUGAACCAUCCUUCAGAUCAGCAGAGGAUGCUGGACUGGAUCUGCAACCUAUUCCCUGGAAAUGCCAAGUUUUAUGUGGAAAAUGAUGCGGUGGCAGCUUUAGCCAGUGGUACAAUGGGAAAGCUACAUGGCUGUGUAUUGAUUGCUGGCACAGGAAGCAUUGCUUAUGGGGUCACCGAAGAUGGAAAAGUAGCGAGAGCAGCUGGUGCCGGUCCUGUCUUAGGCGACUGGGGUAGUGGCUAUGGCAUUGCUGCACAGGCCCUCACAGCAGUAAUAAAAGCACAUGAUGGCCGUGGACCACAAACUAAUCUUACAAGAGAUAUCAUUAGGAAGCUUGAAAUUUCUUCACCAGAUGAGUUGAUUGGGUGGGCAUAUGCGGAUCCAUCUUGGGCCCGUAUUGCAGCUCUUGUACCUGUUGUGGUAUCUGCUGCUGAAGAUGGUGACAAAGUAGCAAACACGAUACUGCAUGAUGCAGUGCAAGAGUUGGCUGAAAGCGUUGUAGCUGUUGUUCGGCGCCUUACAUUGUGUGGUGAAGAUGGGAAAGACCAAUUUCCACUUGUAUUGGUUGGAGGUGUUCUCGAAGGAAAUAAGAAAUGGGACAUCAGUGGUGAGGUCAUAAAAUGCAUUUCCAAAGUCUUCCCAGGUGUCUGUCCUAUUCGGCCCGAGGUCAGUAUGAGAACUAAUAUACGCUGUUAUGAGAUCUUUGCAAUUCUCUGGGGAUUGAACAUUCUGAGGCUUUGGACAGUUUGGUGGAACCUGCAAUUGGUGCGGCGUUGCUAGCUUGGAGCCAUCUUCGUAAAGAGUCAAAGCUGCAAAAUGGCAGCUGAUUCCCAGCAUCGGAGAAUGAUGAAUGUAAGUUGGACAGCGUAAGUUGGAUGGAUUGCAAAACUAACGUGCAUUCAUUCUGUAAAAAGAAAAGAAAGGCGCAUUCAUCAGCGCCAAUUCUGCUGAUGUGUAAAGGAUGAUCUGGCGUUAUAGUGUGCGUGGGGAGGAUAUUAUGUGAUUGUACAAUUAUGAUGUAAGUUGUAGGCAAAGAAAUGACGACUGGAUCUUGAUUCUUGUUCUGACCUGUACUUGGUUUAUCGUUGUACCGGCCAGUGUAUCAUGGAUAUAGCCGCCCAUUCUCAAAUGUGUAUUUUGGCCUGUUUGGUUUAUUGAAAUGCUAAAGCUUUGCCA